CCCUUUGGAACGCUCCCCUCCCCUCCCCCGGGGUGCUUUGUGUUUUCUGCACACACCCCUCUCCAAGAGCCCGGGCUCCAGUCCCUGGAGUAAUUUAUGCGCAGUGCCUUCACUGGUGUCAAGUGCAUAAGGUGUGACACGAGUGUGUCGGGCUAGCCGUGCGUCUGGUCACUGAGAACAGAGUUAGACAGCGUGACAGGGACACGGUACAAAGGCAGGACUACAGAGUGGCGUUAAAUAACUUGGGAAAACGGCCACUGAACUCGGAAAGAAACCGACUUUGGAAGGAAUUCGCAAUUCAUUCCCUUCGCCUUUUCUAUAUUUUUUCUGCGCAUAGUUCCAGUAGCACUUGCUAUUAAAGCACUCAGCGGAGCAGCUCUGCUAUCUACAUAACUUCCAAAGGAAAUAACCUGCUUUUUGGAAAUCUUAUCCAUUUAACAUUUAGCAAAGUGCUUCCGAUUGGUAGUUUUACACUUUUUUGACUUUUCUAUCUGGAGUAGUAUCCCAUCUUUCAGAUAGUCACCGUUAACUACUGGAUUACUUUAUUGGACGUGCUGGAAUAAUCCUUUAGCAGCAGCAUACGGAGAUGAACCUGCAGAGCUGUACUAUCUGCGUGAGCAGGAAAGCAGGGAUCUUGCAGUAGGCAGCAGCAGAGAUGGAACAAUAACAUUUCUGAAUAACCAAACGCAACGGGUGGACCUGCUAGCCCCUGGGAAGGUUCACAGUGAAAAGAGUUUCAAUGAAAUGAAAGGAUAAAUACCUGCAUAGUUCAGAACAGAUUUCCUGGUGCCAGAGAAGAGAUAUGGCUUCUGUCUUCAAUUUGUUCAGCAUUUGUUUUCUUUCUGUUCAUGUUGUUGGCAGUGAAAGUAAAAUAGCGCUCACCAGUCCUCGCCUUAAACUGUCUUAUCAAGAUUUACUAACAUCUAAUGGGUUAACAACAUACAGAAUUGAAAGAUCUUGCUGUUACAGUACUCUUUUACUUGAUGAAGAAAGAAAUCGUUUGUUUGUUGGAGCGAAAAAUUUCUUAGCAUCUCUUAACUUGGAUAAUAUUAGCAAACAUGAACCUGAGAUUCAUUGGCCAGCUCCUGUGGAGUGGAGAGAGGAAUGUAAUUGGGCAGGCAAAGACAUCAAUUCUGAAUGCAUGAAUUUCGUAAAAGUACUACACCCUUACAACCGAACACACCUCUAUGCCUGUGGAACAGGGGCAUUCCACCCAAUCUGUACUUAUGUGGAAGUUGGACAAAGAACAGCGGAACUUCAGUUUAGGAUUGACUUAAGUAAAACUGAAGAUGGGAAAGGAAAAUGCCCCUAUGAUCCCAAAUAUCGUUCUGCAUCAGUACUUGUGGGUGAGGAGUUGUAUUCUGGUGUAGCAACUGAUCUGAUGGGUCGUGACUUCACAAUAUUUCGUAGCCUUGGACAUCGUAACUGUCUUCGGACUGAGCAGCAUGAUUCUCGGUGGCUAAAUGAACCAAAGUUUGUCAAUGUGUUCUGGAUUCCAGAGAGCAAUAAUCCUGAAGAUGAUAAGAUCUAUUUCUUCUUCCGUGAAACGGCAGUGGAAAGUCAUGGUCUAGGAAAAGUUUCUUAUGCAAGGAUUGGUCAGAUCUGUCGGAAUGAUAUUGGAGGACAGAGGAGCUUGGUUCAUAAGUGGACAACAUUCCUUAAGGCCAGACUGGUUUGCUCUGUUCCAGGCACUGAUGGAAGUGAUACCUACUUUGAUGAACUCCGGGAUGUCUUCAUGCUUCAAACAAAAGAGAAAAGGAAUCCCCUUAUAUAUGCAGUUUUCUCAACAUCAAGUGCCGUUUUCAAGGGCUCCGCUGUCUGUAUGUACACAAUGAAUGAUAUUAGGAGAGCAUUUCUUGGACCAUUUGCUCACAAGCAGGGACCAAAUUAUCAAUGGAUUCCAUAUCAAGGAAAAGUCCCUUACCCUCGCCCUGGAACAUGUCCUAGUAAAACGUUUGGAACACUUGAAUCCACCAAAGAAUUUCCUGAUGAUGUUUUACAGUUUGCCAGAAACCAUCCAUUGAUGUAUAAUCCUGUUUAUCCAGUGAACCAACGGCCUAUUCUAAUUCAGACCAAUGCAGAUUAUACCUUCACACAGAUUGCUGUGGACAGGGUGCCUGCUGCAGAUGGACAGUAUGAUGUAAUGUUUAUAGGAACAGAUAUUGGCACUGUACUGAAGGUAAUUGUUGUGCCCAGAGAGAGGUGGCACCAUACAGAAGCCCUUCUGCUAGAAGAACUACAGGUAUUUAAGAACUCUACACCAGUUACAAACCUGGAGCUGUCAUCCAAAAGGCAACAGUUGUACAUUGGUUCAGAUCUAGGUGUUUCUCAGCUGCCUUUACAUCGGUGCAGCAGCUAUGGGAAAGCGUGUGCAGAGUGUUGUCUAGCAAGAGAUCCAUACUGUGCUUGGGAUGGCAGCAGCUGUACCCGAUACCUGCACAACACUAAAAGACGAUUUAGGCGGCAGGACAUAAGAAAUGGAGACCCCAAUACCCUAUGUUCAGGAGAACCGCACAAAGUUCGGGUGUUGGAGAGGAAACUGUAUGGUGUGGAAGGCAGCAGUGUGUUCCUUGAGUGUGUCCCUAAAUCCUUACAGGCCAAAGUCAUAUGGACAUAUCAGAAACCAAAGACCACACAGAGAGAGGAGCUUAAAACAGAUGAGCAUAUUUUGAAGACAGAGAGAGGUGUACUACUACGAAAUAUUCAGCGCAAGGAUGCUGGUGCAUAUCUAUGCCAUGCCAUGGAACAUGGAUUCACACAGACUCUUUUGCGGUACUCCAUUGAGGUGAUUAACUCAUGGCAAGUCAAAGAGCUUACCCGCAAGGAUGGCCCUAAUGACCCUAGGUAUGCCAGCCAGAAGAUCUGGUACCAAGACUUUCUUCAGCUGGUAGACCAUCCUAAUCUGAACACUGUAGAUGAGAUAUGUGAACAGGUGUGGAAGAGAAAGAACCAGCAACCAAAGCAGAGGCCUGUACCUCCACCACUCCCUGCCAAGGCCAAGCCUGACAAGUGGAAACAUUUGCCAACAUUCACAAAAGCAAGGAAUCGCAGGAUGCAUGAGAUAUCACGGUCAGAUAGAGCUCCUAGAAGUGCUGCCAUCUGGUGACUCCCACCUUCUGCUUUAUAAGAAACUUAACAAUGUGGAUUUGAUUUUUGGCUUGUAAGUGGAAUGAGCUAUUAACACUGUUAAAAGAAUGGGAAAAAAAACUGCAAACCACUAAUGGGCCAUGCUUUCAGUUUACAUUAUAAUGCAUAGAGAAGAAGAGAAGACCUUUCACAGUAUGGUAAUGACUAAGUGGGAGAACUUGAAAGUGCUGAGAAGACAGCAUUUAGUUCACAUUUCAUUGCGGUCUUGUUUAGGAUAUAGCCGGCACUUAUUAAAUCAUUCUCAGUAUCAUACAAGUAAAGCAGGGUUUUACUCUGCAUUCUUCUCCCUAACAACAGUAUGGCUGUAAGAAUAGGUACGGACUUGUUUUCAUUAAUAGUGCAUUUAUGAGUAAGGCAACUAAUUCUCAAAUAUUUGGGAAUAUUGUUAUGUGCAUUUAAUUGGAGGUAAAUCAAUAUCCAUUCCUUGUUCCAGACCAAAAGGAUAUAUGAAGCUAUUAGUUUGCCUUCCUUUCCUGUCCCUAAAACCUACCUCUUCAUCAUUAAAUUAUUUUAUGCCAGUUGUAUGUUAUUUUCUAGGCUUAGCACUUUAUAGAAAAACUGACAAAAACAUUCAAGUUGGCAAUUUUUUCACGGUACUCAUGACUUGUGUGGGUCCAAUGGCUGUAAACAUCUAAUCUGCUACACCAUAUCCCUCCUAUUGUUUGUUAGAAUAUCAAGGCAUUCUAAUAAUCUACUCUCUCUGCUCCUAUGAAAUACAUUCUGGAACAACAGCUAUUCUCAGAAAGGUCUGUAUAUCCUGUUCAGAGUGACUGUGGCACAGAAGGCAAAUUAGAUUUUCUGAGGUUCAUUCUUGUAAGACACAAAGUCUAAACCUAAAGCUUAUGAAAAGACUGACACAAUGGGCAUUCCUGCUCAGUAAAAGAACUGCUUGCAUGCUUUUGAAUUAGAUGAUUUUGUGUAAGUAUAGGUACUUUGGAUGCAUCAGUGAGUUAGAGAUUGCUGAAGAACAUCAACUUGCAAAGAACAAGAUGCAUUGCAGAUUUACUUAAAUUGACGCUGCCUUCCCUUGUGACAUUGGUUGCAGUGGACUAAGGAACAAAUUUAUAUUAUAUUAAGUUAACACAAGAAGUGCAAAUAAUUAAUCACACAUCUUACACCUCUCAUGUAUGGCCUUGUUUUCUAAGCAGGCAGAAAAGAAGUGGUGUGAGACCAAUAUCUCCCAGUUAGUAAAUCAUCAAGAUGGAAAAAUAAGGCCAAUCAUCUGUAUUGUUUUGCUUUUCAGCAUCGUAAAGGCAGAACAGCCUACACUAUAAACUCUCUUUAAACUUUCUAAAGGAAUACACAGAUAUGUAAAAUUAAAGGAAGCAUUGAAGACCUUGUCCUAGUUAAGUACAACUUAUAUCGAAAGAGUGCCAUUGCCUGUAAUUAUCCGUACAAAAACAACUUUUGUUACAUUCUUUUUUAGCAUAAGGCAACUUACUGUCAUACAGGUUACAAAUCAUCCAUGUUCUUAUUCACAUUUGUUGUUUAGUGGCACUUCCAGUCUUCAUUAUCUUGAUAUCAUAAAUACUCUUUAGCCCAUUACCUUAUGAGUUAGCAUUUCCCAUCCAGAAGCCUACCCUAUUAAAAUGAAAAGGUGUCAUUUAUCAGAGUGAUCAACUUUAAUAUGAUGUUGACAUUUAUAUUUACAUUCAAGACUGUUACAUACAACAUUAAGUUAUAUAAAAAGUCUGCCAUGGAAAUUGUCAUUAGAAGGAAAUCCACCUCUUCUAGUUGGUUUACUUUGUUGGAGAAGGAAAUCCACCUCUUCUAGUUGGUUUAUUUUGUUGGUAUACGUAAGAUUACAUUCUUUUAAGUGUUGGGAUUUGAAUGUAUGUUACUUGAUUGACUAAUUACCUGCAAUUCUGCAUUACACUGUUCAUUAGUUUGCUCCUUUAAAGAGCCUCUGACACCUUUUUACAUAAAAAUUGAGAAUGAGUUGGUCAUCUCCUUAUAAUGUAUGUCACACUAUACUUAUGGUUUCUGGUACAGAAAUAAAUUUGUUUUUAUUUUACUUUGUCGUUAAGGAUGCCUUUUUUCAAAAUUCUUAGAGCUACAAUUUACCCUUAUGACAUCCCAGGGAGUUACAUGUUUUAGUAGAAAGUAGGUGUAUAAAUGGUAGCCAUACAGAUCAACAUCUUUGGUAUGCCAUAGGCUAUGCACCAACUAUAGACUCAGAAGAUACGUACUUCUUGUAAAAAUGUACUGUCAACAAUGCACUCUAAGGAGAAUGCUUUAAAGUGAUGUUGAUUAUAUGAGAUGUAGUACAUUAAUAAAAUAAAUACAUUCUCACAUCUGAAGAAAUAACCUGAUUUUUGAUUACCCAGACUGCUUUUCUGUUCUACAUGAAAUCCUGGCCAAUAUCCCACAAAAUAUCAUUUUAAAUUUGAGGACAUAUUGCAGCAGGGGAAUUCGAAAGAAAAUAAUACAGCAGGAAACACAUGAACUAUUUUAUUAAAUAAAUUAUUUGUCAUCUGCAGUGCAACUCCUAAUGAAAUACUGUGCAAUAUUAAGCCAGUUUGAUCUGAAAAAUGUCACAUACUCUUUAAAGUUGUUUAGAAUUUUGUCUUGGAUAAAUAGAUUACCUUGGUAUAUUCAAGUCUCUUUAAUCACGAUUUUUUCUGAAUUUGGAACAUGAUAUGGCACAGAACACAUUGAAAAUAUAACUUCUGCUGGUGUGUUGAAUUUAUAGCAGCAUAGUGGCUUACAUGAGUUGAAUAAGGACAUUUGUAUUGAAAGUAGGGUUUCAUCCCAUUAUAGAAGGUAGCAGGCAGCACUUUUUUAUAUCUAAAUUAACCAGAAAAUAGGAAACUGCAAUAUCUGAAAUUAUUGUUGAUACCUGCAGACUAAACAAAACAUAUUUUUACAUAUGUGAUAUUUCUCUUUGUAGUAUUUCAGUGAUAGAAAACAAAAUAUCACUGUCUACACAGACUAGAAAGGUUCUGGACUGUAGACAUUUUUGAAAAUGAUGCUUGAAACAUAAGGAACUGUUGUGCAUCUUAUGGUGGAGUUUCUGUCAUUUAAAAAUAACUGAUAUUCUGUUUUUAUUUGCAGUCCAUACCUUGUUUUGAAAGUGUUAAUUGAUAUGACAUUCAGAAAGAAAUACCAGUGUACAUGUCCUUCUUAAGCUGUACAACAUAUGUGUGCCCAAAGACAAUCUCUUAAGUGGUGGAUAAUGGAAGUGACAUGUCUGAGGUCAAGCAGUAUGAAAAAUAAAUAAAUUAUGCAUUGCAUAAACUA